AUGUGUGGAAUCUUUGGCUACAUCAACUACCUGGUCGAGAAGGACCGUGGAUACAUCAUCCAGACCAUCAUCAAUGUAAAACUACAGGCCUCUCCAGACUCGAGUACCCAGUUCGACGGUGACAAGAAGAACGAGGUCUUUGGCUUCAGAAGGUCGGCAAGGUGGCCAAGCUCAAGGAGCUCAUCGACACCUCCAAGCCUGACCUCUCCAAGACAUUCGAGUCUCACGUCGGUAUCGCUCACACCCAGAUUGGGCCACCAGAAGCCCAGCACGGAUCCCAGAACCAACUGCCAUCCCCAUAGGUCUGACCCCAACUGGGAGUUCGCAAUCGUGCACAAUGGAAUCAUCACCAACUACAAGGAGCUCAAGGCCCUGCUCGAGUCCAAGGGCUUCCGCUUCGAGACCGACACCGACACCGAGUGCAUCGCCAAGCUGGCCAAGUACCUCUACGACCUGCACCCAGACAUCGACUUCACCGUCCUCGCCAAGGCGGUCGUCAAGGAGCUCGAGGGCGCCUUUGGCUUGCUCAUGAAGUCCGUCCACUACCCCCACGAGGUCAUUGCGGCCCGAAAGGGUUCCCCCUUGGUCAUUGGUGUCCGAACCGAGAAGAAGAUGAAGGUCGACUUUGUCGACGUCGAGUACUCCGAAGAGGGCACCGCUCUGCCCGCUGAGGCUGCCUCCCAGAACGCUGCCCUCAAGAAGUCUGCUACCACCUUGCUCGCCCCGCCAGACAAGAGCCUGCUUCACCGCUCCCAGUCUCGAGCUUUCCUCUCAGACGACGGUGUCCCCCAGCCUGCAGAGUUCUUCCUCUCCUCUGACCCCUCGGCCAUCGUAGAGCACACCAAGAAGGUCCUCUACCUCGAGGACGAUGACAUUGCCCACAUCCACGACGGCCAGCUCAACAUCCACCGUCUCAACAAGAACGAUGGCACCUCCAACGUCCGUGCCAUCCAGACCAUCGAGCUCGAGCUCCAGGAGAUCAUGAAGGGCAAGUUCGACCACUUCAUGCAAAAGGAGAUCUCCGAGCAGCCCGAGUCCGUCGUCAACACCAUGCGUGGACGUCUCGACACCGAGAACUGCAAGGUCACCCUCGGUUGUCUACGCCAGUACAUCUCUACCAUCCGCCGUUGCCGUCGUAUCAUCUUCAUUGCUGCGGAAACCAGCUACCACUCCUGCAUGACCGUCCGUGGUGUCUUCGAGGAGCUGACCGAGAUCCCCAUCUCCGUCGAGCUGGCCUCUGACUUCCUCGACCAUCGGGUGUUGCCUCCAACAAGCCUACACCUCCCAGUUCGUCGCCAUGUCAUGUUCGCCCUCUUCCCUCAGCGAAGACAGUGCCUGCAAGAAGCAACGUCGCGAGGAAAUCAUCAAGAGGCCUCGACUCGUCUCCACCAGUUCCGCGAGAUCCUCAAGCUCAGCGAACCCAUCAAGGAGAUGUGCGCCAAAUUCUUCAAGAACCAAAAGUCUCUCCUCCUGCUCGGCCGUGGAAGCCAGCACGCCACCGCUCUCGAGGGUGCCCUCAAGAUCAAGGAAAUCUCUUACUUGCACUGUGAGGCUGUCAUGUCUGGAGAACUCAAGCACGGUGUCCUCGCCCUCGUCGACGAGAACCUGCCAAUUAUUAUGAUCUUGACCAGAGACAACCUCUUCGCCAAGUCCCUCAACGCCUACCAGCAGGUCAUUGCCCGUGCCGGUCGUCCUAUCGUCAUCUGCAACCCUGACGACGAGGAGUUCCCUGCCUCCGAGACCGAGCGCAUCCAGAUCCCCCGCACCGUCGACUGUCUGCAGGGCCUGCUCAAUGUCAUCCCACUGCAGCUCAUCGCCUACUGGCUGGCUGUCGGCGAGGGCCUCAACGUCGACUUCCCACGUAACCUCGCCAAGUCGGUUACCGUCGAGUAA